AUGGCGCGUGGGAGACCAAAAAGUUACAUCGCCCCAUGCCGUUUUUGUAAUAAACAAUUUAAGCGGCUGGAGCAUUUGCAGAGACAUGAGCGUACACAUACACAGGAGAAACCAUUUGUUUGCCAAUGUGGUCGCUCAUUCUCCCGGCAGGACCUUUUCAGCCGCCAUGAACGGCUUUCUCAUGCGUCCACAGGCGCAACGGAGGUUGCUCACUGUCAGCCUUCAUCAUCCACGACUAAUCCUCAUGGCCAAGAUGGAACCAAUCUGCUGGCAGAUCCACCGCCUCAAGUUUUGGGGGACAACAGUGUCAUGGAAACUACCGGCUCGGCUCCGGAUACGGGUAGUUCAACACAAUCAGACCCUGCAGUACCCGUGAAUCCCUUCAUGUUUGGCUCUUCCACUGGGGAUUUUUCUAAUCUGGGCUUUAUGCAACCAAAUGGUGACGGAUUGAAUGGGAUUGACCUGCUUGAUGAGAAUAGCUCAUUGGCCUUUCCUGACUUCGUCCCUUCUCAAUUCUUGGAUACAGACAUUUCACUAUCUGAACUUCUUCAUCAAAGCUCCCUUCCGGCCCAUCUGAACUUCAUGGGACCAGAAUGCCCAACAGCGCUCGCUGAAUCGCAGACUCCCCAAGCUCAACCACACUCUCCGACGAUACACCCGGGCCAGGAUUUGAACUCAGCCGCAUCGCCUCCUCCCAGAAUCCCGUCUAUUGAUGACCAACAGAACACCAGUCACUCCGACUUGGCAGACGAAACAGCCGAAAAACCAUGGGCAGUGUCUGCUUCAGCCUACCAGGCGAUUUCCAACAAGUUGUUCCAGAGCAAAUCCGUUUUAUCUACCUCGACAGAGUUCUCGCUUCCUUCCAGGCAUACCCUUGCGCGCUAUCUUGAAGGUUAUUUCCGUGGAUUUCAUCAUCAUUUGCCCUUCCUUCAUUUACCAAGCUUUGACCCGGAAAAAAUCGGUUUGGAACUCCUUUUUGCGCUGGCCGCCCUCGGUGCGUUGUAUCGCUUCGAAAAAGCAAGGGCCUAUCAGAUGUACGGAGCCUGCCGGUCCCUGAUUGACAAACGCAUGAAAAGCCACCGUCAACAAACAAUCGCACAAUUGACUGCGCUCGCAGAAACUGACACGGUAAGACCCGCGGCGCAUUCAUCCUAUUAUGCUCGCACCCCUCAACAUGUCACUGCGAGUGCUGCGGUAUCAGAAGCUCCGUAUCCGACUCUACAACAGGUACAAGCCAUGAUUAUCCUCAUGGCUAUGACAGCAUGGUGCGAAGAGCCGUUGGUACGGGAAAGUCUUGCCAUGAGCAGCCAGGUUGCCAUCUUCGUACGGUGCCUGGGAAUACACCAGGAUGACAACAUUAUUGGUCAGGAGAUGGAGUGGUCAGCUUGGAUCGCUCACGAAGAGCGACGGCGUACUCUACUGGUGGCCUACAUCUUCUUCAAUCUCCAGAGCAUCACAUUUAACAUCCCGCCCAUGAUAUUAAGCCAGGAGGUCGCGAUUUGUUUACCAUCAUGUGAAGCAGAAUGGAAUGCUCCUUCAUCUACUACCUGGCAGCGGCACCGCGCACAGUCUGCCCUGCGCGAGCGUUCCUUUACCACCACCCUCGACCAACUCCUCAUGGGACAAAGUAUUUCCGACAAAGGAGCUGUGUCAGGAUUCUCGAACUAUGUCCUCAUUCAUGGGAUCGUGCAGAAAAUAUUUAUUGAUCGUCAAGCGGCAGGCUUUCAUGUGCAAGAGCGCUCUCAAACAUGGUCGAUGUCACUCAAAUCGACAGAAAAGGCCUUGCGGGCUUGGCAGUGGUCCUGGGAAGCGACGACGGAAUCAACACUAAAUCCUUCUUCUCCAAAAGGCCCCUUGGGGUUCAGUGCAACGGCCUUGCUUCGCCUGGCGCACAUUCGACUUAACGCCAACCUAGGAGCGUGUCGUGAUCUCACCUCCGGCGACCCCGAGCGCAUUCGACAAGUGUGCACCAACACGCAGCUAUGCCCCCUCGCUCGCUCACCCUCCUUGGACCGAGCCAUCCUGCAGUGUAUCCAUGCCCUGAGUAUCCCUAUUCGCAUCGGUAUACCAUACGUGGCACGUACGCAGACCCUCCACUGGAGUACCGAACACGCGAUCUGCUACCUGGAGUGUGCCUUUCUUCUUACAAGAUGGAUGCAGGAAGCAGCAGAGGCUGUCCGCAUCGACGGCAUGGCGGCAUUACGCGAUGAUGAGCAGAAAUUGCUUGGUAUGACGCGCAACCUCGUGGGAGAAACCAAUCUAGAAGUGGUCGAUUCCACCGAGGAUCCCUCUAUGCAGAUUCGCCGACUUGCAGUUGCUACGGCCCGGUUAUGGGCGGAUAUCUCCAAUGGAAUACAUGUAUUCCAUUUCGAGCAUCGAGUUGGCAUGUCUUUAUCGGUCAUUGCUGACCUCCUAGAAUCUGAACUGUCUCGUUCUUAA